ACAUAAUGUAUGGGAACUCAAUCCAUCGGCCAUCAUUGUAUUAUAUUUUAAACCAUUAUAGUAUAUCAGAAUAUCAAUUACGGUUGUAUCAUUUAGUGGGAAUAGACAUAACUACUUUGAUUUGAUUUGUACACUUAUAAAAUAAUAAAUAUCCCAUAUAUUAUUAAUAGAUCUAUACUACAUACAAUAUAAAAUAUGUUUGGAUCAACAAACACAUCAUCAUCUACUCCUAAUUUCGGAGGAUUUGGGGCUUCGAAUUCAUCUGCCACAGGUAAUACAAGUGGUGGAUUAUUUGGAGGUUCCAAACCAGGAGUUACUGGCAGUGGGGGACUCUUUGGAUCAUCAAAUACUGCUCCAACAUCUACAACUCCAGGCCUCUUUGGUUCAGGAGGCACAUCCAAUACAAACACCCAAACUGUAAAUCCAACUUCCACUACAGGUGGAUUGUUUGGUUCAGGACUUCCUAACCCAACCACAAGUACUACACAAGGAGGAUUAUUUGGAAACACAGCAUCUGCAAAUACCGGAACCACCUCAACAUCUGGUGGAUUGUUUGGAGCAAAUAAACCAGCUACUACCACAACUGGUGGGUUAUUUGGAAACAAUAAUUCAAAUACAUCAACAACAGCCACUACUGGAGGUGGACUCUUCGGUAAUGCAGCUGGAACCACAUCUACAAAUACUAAUACAAAUGCUGGUGGACUCUUUGGUAGUACACCAGCAACAAAUUCUACAGCAGGAGGACUUUUUGGAAAUAAACCAGCCACCAGCACUACUGGUGGAGGAUUAUUUGGCUCAUCUAAUACUGGUACAUCUACUACAGGAGGAUUAUUUGGUGGUUCAAAUACUACUACUAAUACUAAUACAAAUACUGGUGGACUUUUUGGAAGCAAACCAGCUACUGGAGGAUUGUUUGGUUCAAAUACAACGGGUUCAGGUACAACAGGGGGAUUAUUUGGAAGUUCCAACCCUGGAAUUUCAUCAGGUCUUGGUGGUGGAUUAUUCGGAUCAUCUCAACCACAACAACAGCAACUACUACAACAACAACAACAACCUCAAUUAACAGCUAUGACUAGAGUAGGAGACUUACCCCCAGCUAUAAAACAACAAUUGGAGCAAUUCGACAAAUACAUAAAUACUCAACAUUUGAUAGCGACAACAUUGGAAUCGGAUUAUACCAAACAUGAUGCAUUGAUAAAUUCCAUACCGAAAGAUAUCAACUAUCUUCAUAAUAAAAUCACCUCUACUAAACAAGCUCUCAAAUUUGACACUAACCAAUUAAAGUAUCUUAAAGAAAUAAAUAAUGAAUUGACAGAAGAUAUAUCUAAAAUAAUGCAACUUAUAUUACAAUUAGCUACUCCAGGUACUAAAUUAUCUUCAUCAUUCCAAUUAAAUGAAUUUUUUAUAAAGAAAAUCAAGAAAUAUCAUGAAGUCUUGAAUCAAUAUGAAACAUUAUCUAAUGAAUUGAAUAUCAUCUUAUCUGGUUUAGAAAGACUGUGUAUUGAAGGAUUUGGAAAUUUAUUCAAUAUCGUUGAAGUUAUCAAAUCACAAUAUGGAUUAUUCAUGGAAUUAUGUGAAGUAAUGGCUCAAUUACAUAAUGAAGUAUCAAAGGUUUCAAAAAAGUAAAUUAAUAAUAAUACAUUGUCAGCAUAUACAACAU